GGAUAGAGGGAGGAGGAGGAGGCGGCAAGCUCCGUGGCGCAAAGGCGAAUCAGAUGGACAGACUGAGAAAAAGGAGGAGUGUGGUGGAAUAAGGAGAGACCACAAGAAGGACAGGAUGGGUGGAGGAUUUAGGGUGGACAGGGCCUUUUAGUUUUAAACCUCAGCUGGUGUGAGCGCUGACUAAGUGAGUCGAGGGAGGAAAAGUGGCAACCAGAAGCAGCAACAGAUAAAUUCAGAUCGCUGCAGAGAGAUGGGAGUGAUGGAAAAGUAUGUGUGGAGGAGGUAGACACCAGGGGAGGAGGUUUCAUUCCCCACAGCUCCUCUCAGUUCCCUCUCUGGACACUGCUACUGCUGCUUGAAGUGCCUUCUCUCAAGGGCCAUACUCUUCCAUAUCUGGACCUGGAUUUGGACAAACAGUGAAGUGGACCGAAUCAGACGGGAUAGCAACGCAAACCUAAAUUUAACUAUUUACGGUUAAAUUAAGUCAGUACUGAAAGGUGUUUGGUGGACCAAAGGAUUACUGACAGAAAAAGUGGAUAUUUGGCUACAUAAGUAAUGCCUUAUCAAUUUUUUUUUUAUUAUUUGGGCAGUGCAGCCUUGUUCUACUCAGUUUUUACUUUGCAUAAAAUUCUAUUGUAUCUUGACUGACAGGUCGGUUUUGAAAACAAUAUCUCAUCCUAUAUUGUGAGCGGAAGCUGCAAAGGUUAGAAUGAUAAGAUGAUCAGAUUGUCUUCGGCUUGCAGAUAAAGAGUAUUUACAGUAUGUCCUUGUAUUUUUGUUGAUCGUGUGGUCGGUGCAUAAAUGGGGUAAUUACAGUUACUAAUGUUUUGCUGUUUUAGGGCAUGCAAGAUGAGAACACUUUGGUAUUUUCUGUACUGUAUUUCAAUAAGUCGUUUGUGUUUACCUGGACUUUCUCCCACCUAAUGGGAGCAAAAUCAUGUAAAUGGACAUUGAAUUCUUUGUUUUUCCCAAAAGACAUUUUCAUCUAAAACCAAGAUGUGAUUCAUGAGUGUAAACUAUGACGUGAGGACUGAUAAUAGCAGUUUGGAUGAAGAGGGUGCGCAGUAACUGGUGUCUUUGCCAUUCUGAGCUCCUGAGAGUGUGUGCUGGAGGAAAGUCUGGAAAGUGACUCUAAACGUCUCCUUUAAUGCGUCGUAAUAAAUGGCUAGUGACACAACCCCCAUUUUCCCUCAUGAGUCUAGAGAGAGAGGUUUUCCAUAUAUGUCGGCUUCCACAUAUUUUCCACUUCAGCAUCAGUGUUGACAUUAUAGAGCAGCCUUCGUCCAGCCCGCUGGCCUGGUUCUCAUGCUGCCUCCUGUGCUUGGAAACAAACCCAUGCAGUCGCCCAACAACAAGACUUGAUUCCUGUCACUUCUUGGCUCGCCUCUGUUGAAAACACUUGUUGUUGACUUGCCCAGCCCAGCGUUACUCGUAUCGGCCCAGGUUUCCUUUCAUCUCUCCCCAGGGCCAGGCCUUCUCGUGCAGGCUUGGCCCUGAGUGGACUCCCCCUGGCCUGACGUCAUGGGGAUCCAGGGCAUGGAGCUGUUUGCCAUCGGCGUGGUCAUCAUCCUUUUCAUGGCAGUUCUCAAGCAGUUUGGCAUCUUGGAGCCCAUGUCCUCAUUUGAAGAUGAGAGCAGCGACAGUGACUUGGAGCUGUCAACGGUGCGUCACCAGCCGGAGGGUCUGGAUCAGCUGCAGGCUCAGACCAAGUUCACCAGGAAGGAACUUCAGUCCCUCUAUCGAGGCUUCAAGAACGAGUGUCCCAGUGGGCUGGUUGAUGAGGAGACAUUCAAGACCAUCUAUUCUCAGUUCUUUCCCCAAGGAGAUGCAACCACCUAUGCUCAUUUCCUGUUCAACGCAUUUGACAUCGACAGGAACGGUUCAAUCCGCUUUGAGGACUUUGUCAUCGGCCUGUCGGUGUUGCUCAGAGGUUCGGUCACCGAGAAGCUCAACUGGGCCUUCAACCUCUAUGACAUUAAUAAGGACGGCUACAUCACCAAAGAGGAGAUGCUGGCGAUUAUGAAGUCAAUCUACGACAUGAUGGGGAGGUACACCUACCCCUGUGUGAGAGAUGAAGCGCCCUCUGAACACGUGGACAAGUUCUUCCAGAAAAUGGAUAAAAACCGAGACGGUGUAGUGACCAUUGAAGAGUUCAUUGAGACCUGUCAGAAGGACGAGAACAUCAUGAACUCCAUGCAGCUGUUUGAGAAUGUGAUAUAAGAAAGCCCACCUGCACAGCUCACACAAACAUAAUAACCCCAACCCUAACCCAGGAACUAGACGUUUUUUAUUUCUCGCCACACUCCUGUAGCUGUAUCUUGCAAACUGCUUCUGGAUUAAAAAGGACUGCUACAGACAGAAGAAGAGAAGAAAAUUCUCCGUCUGUCCGGUGUGUUUUUUGUGUCCUAAUUGAAGAAACAGAAAAAGCUCCUUGUGUUUCUAUCGUCGGACAAAAAUAAUCAACAACAACCAACAAGGAAUGGAGAAGCUUACAAUAUUCCUCUGACCUGAGCACACAAGGAUACAAGCUUUAACACUACACCUCACCUCUCACACACACUGUUUCUCUUUCCCACAGACACACACACACACACACACACACACACACAAACACACACAUUUAUACACACACACACACACACACACACAGCUGCUGUUUCCUCAAGAGUUGUUAGAGCACUGGAUGAGGUGAACUAAGAGAAUAAAUAUUGCAAAAGAAAAAGAGAAAUGAACUAAAGCAUGUUUGUCAUCAAAUAUGUGAUGUGGAAUAAGCUUGCACUACACUUUUAUGACUGUAUUGUAUGCGCCUGAAGUAAAGGCACUGUAGAUACCUGCACCUGAUACACCACUGGUGUGUAUGUAUAUAUGUAUAGUUAAUAGUUAUAUAUCCCACCUUGUAUUGGCCUCAUCUGUGCUGCACUGGGUGAAGGAAUAUGACCAGAACUGAAUUUUUGUUUUAGAAAUCUCUGUUUAGCAUUAUGUUUAGUAGCAGUUCUUCACAGAUUAUUAAAAAAAAAUCUCCUUUUUUUGUAUUUUGGAAGAUUAUGCUUUGCUGGUCAGAUUGGAAAAUGGAGUCUGUACAGUACUGUGAAGAAGCAAAAGGACUGUCAAAAGUGUGUUCUUAUGCUGAAUUAUGCUUUAUCUUGGUUCUUCAGUAUCUUCGAGCAUGCUGACUUUAAGUCCCACAGUAUUAUGUACAGUACAGUAAGACCUUUGUGAUGUUGGUUAAUUAAAGAUGCUGUCGACAGCUGCGAUUUCUCCUUU